AUGUAUGAUACCAUCAAAGCUGUGGAAAACAGGUACCCUCUGAGACGAGGCAGCUCUUUCACAUUUCUGACUCCGGGACCACAAUGGGACUUCACCCUGAAGAGGAAGCGCCGAGAGAAAGACGACGAUGUAGUCAGUCUUUGCAGCCUUGACUUUAAGGAACCAAGCAAUAAGCGGGUUCGGCCUUUAGCACGGGUCACAUCCCUGGCGAACUUGAUCUCUCCUGUAAGAAAUGGUGCAGUUCGGCGCUUUGGGCAGACAAUACAGUCAUUUGCCCUUCGCAGUGACAGCAAAUCUCCUGGCUGCGCCCAGAAGUCAUGUAGCAGAUCUGCUGCUCCUACUCCUCCUAAACGAAGAAACAGCGUACUUUGGUCUGAGAUGUUAGAUGUCAACAUGAAAGAGUCCCUGAGCACCAAAGAAAUCAAGCGCCAGGAGGCAAUAUAUGAAAUGUCCAGGGGAGAGCAGGACCUAAUCGAAGAUCUGAAGCUUGCCAGAAAGGCCUAUCAUGAUCCCAUGCUGAAACUCUCUAUCAUGUCUGAGGAGGAACUCACCCACAUAUUUGGGGACUUGGAUUCUUACAUUCCUCUGCAUGAAGACUUGUUGGCGAGUUUAGGAGAAGCAACAAAACCAGAUGGAACAGUGGAGCAGAUUGGACCCAUUCUUGUGAAGUGGUUACCACGACUCCAUGCCUACAAAGGUUACUGUAGCAAUCAGCUGGCAGCCAAAGCGCUUCUGGAUCAGAAGAAGCAGGACCGGAGAGUGCAGGACUUCCUUCAGCGCUGCCUGGAGUCCCCUUUCAGCCGCAAGUUAGACCUUUGGAGCUUCUUGGACAUUCCUCGAAGUCGGCUGGUCAAAUACCCACUGCUCCUGAAAGAGAUCCUGAGGCACACUCCCAAAGACCAUCCCGAUAUCCAGAUUCUGGAAGAAGCCAUAGCGAUAAUCCAAGGAGUCCUCGCUGACAUCAACCUGAAGAAGGGGGAGUCGGAGUGCCAGUAUUACAUUGACAAGCUGGAGUACCUGGACGAGAAGCAGAAGGACCCAAGGAUUGAAGGCAGCAAAGCUUUACUGUGCCAUGGGGAGCUGAAGAACAAAAAUGGACAUAAACUCUACGUCUUCCUCUUCCAAGACAUCCUGGUUUUGACCCGGCCGGUCACUCGCAAUGAGCGUCAGGCCUACCAAGUGUACAGGCAGCCGAUCCCCGUCCAGGAGCUGCUCCUCGAAGACCUGCAGGACGGCGAUGUGAAAAUGGGAGGAUCCUUCCGAGGAGCCUUUGGGAAUUCCGAUAAAGCUAAAAAUAUCUUCCGAGUUCGUUUCCAAGAUCCCUCGCCGGGCCAGUCCCACACGCUGCAGGCCAACGACGUCUUCCACAAGCAGCAGUGGGUGAAUUGCAUCCGCGCCGCCAUCGCUCCCUUACAGCGGACCCCGCCGCCGGAGCUGAAGGAGCUGCCGGAGCUGAGCGAGGAGUCGGAGGAGAACAACCCCUCCGCGCCCAACGUCAAAGCCCAGAAGAGGCAGUCCGCCGUGUCUGGCGUCACCGAGAUGGAGCUAGACGAAAGCACGUCCGCGUGCGGCCCCGUCCUGGACUCGGAGGAAGCCAAGGGCGUGAAGUCGCACCGAACGCCGUCCGGGCACAGGAAGACGAGGGAGAAGCAGCUGAGCGGCAAGCGGAAAGAAACGCUAGUGUAAAGAGGAGCCCAGCGACGUGGUGGAAGACUGUUUAUUUAUAAAUAACGUGUACAUUUUUGUUGUAAUGUGAGCGUGGUUGGAUUCACUCUACUGAACAGGAUAUUUUUUUUUGUUUGUUUUUUUAUGUUGUAAUGGCAGCUACUGGUAUACAGUUAACGCUGUUGAGCUGGGGUCUGUUUUUUACAA